UACGUCCGGGUGCAACGAACCUGAAGCAAACUCGCGCGACUGACUUCUAGAUCACCGGAACAGUAGAACAGCCUUGUGGUGAAAGUACUUCAUCCAGUUCAUUUCGAAUCAAGAUCUGGUAAACCUCGAACCACUAGGGUAGACAUUUUGCAGGCCUGUAUCUACCGCCUUCACACACAGCAUCCGCGAACACUACACUCGAGCUCAUACAGUGAAACAUUGCACGAUGCCCAAGUCAAAGGAAGUUCUGUCCUCAAGCUCUGGCAGUGGCAGUGGCAGUGACUCCAACAGUGAAGCUGAGACCAAGUCUAAGAAGAGAAAGCAGGCAGCACCAGAGAAACCAGCAGCUAAGAAACCGAAAGGGGGAGAGAGUUCCAAGCCGGGUGGAACCUCCAAGGGAAGUCUCAACCAGGACAAGGAUGACAACAAGUUCCAGAUUGGGAAGAUGCGGUAUGUGAGCGUUCGUGAAUUCAAAGGUAAAUGUCUGAUCGACAUCCGUGAGUACUGGAUGGAUCAGGAGGGGGAGAUGAAGCCUGGCAGGAAAGGUAUCUCACUGAACCCAGAACAGUGGAACCAGCUAAAAGAUCAGAUCUCUGAGAUAGAUGACGCUGUGAAGGCUAUAUAGAAGGGAGUCCUCUGGCUGCCUGGGAUUUACAAUCCACCACCUUACAUUCUGUUUUUGUUCUUAUCUUUACAACUUUUUUUUUAUAUA